AUGUAUCACUUUGUGAAUGAUUUGUUACCAAAUGGUUGUCCUCCUCGCAAUUUGCAACUCUAUUUCUUUGACACUGAACAUGAACUUGAGAACAGACUUCAAGGUGCUGAUAGGAUGGACAGAGAUAUUGUUAGUGCACUUAUUCAACUUAUGUCAGUAAAUCCAUACGGUCAAUUUUUCAGAAGUCUUAAAGAUAUUGCUCAGACUGACGAGUUCAGCAUAAUAUUGCGUUCAGAUAUUUCAAUGGAUCAAAGAACUUACAACAUGCCAUCUGCUUCUCAAGUAGCUGCAAUAUGGAUUGAAGAUAAUGGAGAUGGACUUGAUGGAAAUAAAAACAUUAGGGUACAUGCACAUAGUGGUAGGUCACAAUAUAUUCAAUACUACUAUGGUUGUUAUAACCCAUUGCAAUAUCCACUUCUAUUUCCGCAUGGUGAUAUUGGUUGGCAUGAAGGACUUGUGGAUAGCGUAGAAACAGGCGCCACUGUGGGUGCUGAUGUCGGUCGCAGGGUAAUUUUGCCUGAUUCUUUUAUAGGAGGAUCACGUGAUAUGCGAAGAAGGUACAUGGAUGCCAUGUCACUUGUGCAACGAUUUGGCAAGCCUGAUCUGUUUAUAACAGUCACAUGUAAUCCUAAUUGGCUUGAGAUUAAAGAACUUCUCAAAUAUGUUGAUGAACCACAAAAUAGGCCAGACCUUCUAGCUCGUGUUUUCCAUGCUAGACUUGAAGAGCUAAAAAAUGACAUAUUUAAGAGACACAUUUUUGGAGAAGUCGCAGCAUAUGCAUAUGUGAUUGAGUUUCAAAAAAGGGGACUUCCACAUGCUCACUUUCUAAUCAUUUUGAAGAGCAAAUUCAAAAUUACAACUCCUGCUCAUUGUGACAGAUUCAUAUCUGCUGAGAUUCCUAAUAAAGAAACUGAACCCCACUUAUACAAUCUGGUCAAAAAGCAUAUGAUUCAUGGUCCGUGUGGUUCUCUAAAUAAUAAUUGUCCUUGUAUGCUUCACCACCAACAACAAGUUGCUCCAUCUUGCAAAAAUAAGUAUCCUCGAUCCUUUAACGAUGAGACUACAUUUGACGAAAACUCCUACCCUAUAUAUCGUAGGAUGGACACUUCAGCAUAUGUUGUGGUCAGAGGUCAUCAGCUUGAUAAUAGGUGGGUUGUCCCUUAUAAUCCAUAUUUGUUGGCGAAAUUUGAUUGUCAUAUAAAUGUUGAAGUAUGUGCUGGGAUCAGAUGUGUGAAGUAUAUAUAUAAAUAUAUAUACAAGGGACACGACAGAAUCAGCCUAAGUUUAUAUGCUGGUGCUGAUGUUCAUGAGUUUGAUGGGAUUAAAGAAUACCAAAGUGCAAGAUGGGUUUCACCACCUGAAGCGGCUUGGAGAAUAUAUGCCUUCCCAAUUUCCGAAAUAAAGCCUGCAGUUGUGCACUUACAAGUUCAUCUACAAAACUAUCAGUACAUUAAUUUUCACGGCAAUGACAGGUUGGUUAAUAUAGUUGAAGAUGACUUCGCUUCUUGCACAAUGUUAACACAAUUUUUCUACAUGAAUCGUGUAGAUGAAGUUGCAAAAAAAUUAAACUUGCUUUAUAUUCAAUUUCCGGAAUAUUUUGUGUGGAACAAUCAAAAAAAAUUGUGGACACAGAGAAAGAAGAAAGAAGUCAUAGGUAGACUUGUGACAGUCAAUCCAACUGAAGGAGAGCGUUACUAUUUACGCUUAUUACUGAUGAAUGUUAGGACACCCAAAUCGUUUGACAACAUAAAAACUGUCAAUGGCAAUCAAGCAGUAACUUUUCGUGAGGCAGCUGAAAAUUUGGGUCUCUUAUCUGGCGAUCAUAUUGUCGAGAAGUGUCUAGAUGAAGCAGUAUUAUACCAGAUGCCAUCAAGUUUUAGGAGAUUAUUUGCAACUCUUCUAAUUUUUUGUGAUAUCUCAAACCCUCGCAACUUGUGGAAUAAAUUUAAGUCAUACAUGUGUGAAGAUCUACUCAGGACAAGACUACACACUGAUGAUGAAGUCCAACUAAUGGUGCUUCAAUUAAUUGCAAAUGCAGUGGAAAAAAUGGGGAAGAAAAUUGAUGACUUUAACUUGGUUGAUAACAGGUUAUCUAUGUCAACCCAAGAAAAGGAGGAUAGAGAAAUUGCAGCUGAGUAUAACAUACAAGUAAGUGAAUAUGACUUGCUUUGUGUGGAAAAAUUAAAUGUUGAGCAACGCAACGCAUUUGAUACAAUUAUGGCAAGUAUCAUUUCAAACUCGGGUGGAGUUUAUUUCAUAGAUGGUCCAGGUGGUACUGGUAAGACAUUCCUAUAUAAAUGCUUAUUAGCUACUGUCAGGUCUAGAAAAUGGAUAGCACUUGCAACUACAAGUUCAGGAAUUGCAGCAUCAAUUCUACCCGGUGGUCGUACAGCUCAUUCUACGUUCAAAAUACCAAUUGAUGGAGAUGAUAAGUAUGUAUGCAAUAUUGGAAAACGAACCGCAGAAGCUACCUUAUUAAAAAAAUGUAGACUGAUUCUUUGGGAUGAAGCUUCUAUGGCUAACCGUCGGGCUAUUGAAAGCGUUGAUACAACGCUUAGAGAUAUUAUGGACACCAAUCAAAUUUUUGGAGGAAAAGUAGUUGUUUUUGGAGGUGAUUUUCGACAAACAUUGCCGGUAAUUAGAUAUGGAAAGAAAGAAGAUUUCAUUGAAGCGAGUUUGGUUAAAUCACCCUUAAUUUGGCCAACUAUCCGACGAUUAAAAUUGGUCCAAAAUAUUCGUGCAAACGAGGAUCCGGCUUUUUGUGAGUACUUGAUGAAUAUUGGCAAUGGAACUGAACAAUUAGUUGGUCGAGACAAGAUUAAGAUUCCAUCUUCAUUCAUUAUUCCAUGUACGAAUGAGGAUACCUCUCUUGAUGCUUUAUUCCAAUCCGUAUAUCCUGACUUAACGUGUUUCGAGACUGAUCCUUAUUCAUUAAUGAGCAAAGCCAUCUUAACACCUAAAAAUGAGAUUGCGGAUGAAAUUAAUUCUAUCUUAAUAGAUAGAUUCCCGGGAGAAAGUAAGUGCUAUGUUAGUUUUGAUGAUCCACUUGAUUCGAAGCAAAUGCAUUGUAAAGAUUAUUUACACACUUUAUCCCCAGCUGGCCUGCCUCCUCACAAGUUAAUUCUGAAGAAAAAUUGCCCUAUAAUUUUAUUGAGAAAUCUGAACCCAUCUGAAGGAUUGUGUAACGGGACAAGAUUGGUUUGUGAUUCGUUUGAAGAUCAUCUCAUAAGUUGUUUGAUUGUAGUUGGUGAAUACAAAGGAAAGCAUGUGUUCAUUCCAAGAAUUCCUCUAGAGCCAUCAAAGGAUGAAAAUUGUCCAAUACCAUUUAAGAGGACACAAUUUCCUAUUAAAAUCUGUUAUGCCAUGACCAUUAACAAAGCUCAAGGGCAAACACUAGAUUUCGUUGGAAUUUACUUGAAAAAGCCGGUUUUUAGUCAUGGACAAUUAUACGUUGCUAUGUCUCGAGCAAAAAAGGCUGAAUCUGUCAAGAUGAUUAUAUUCAGCGAUGACGGUCAAAACAAACUCACCAAUAUCACAGACAAUAUUGUUUAUCAAGAAAUCCUCGAGUACAUUUCUUAG